AUGGAGAAUCAGAACCCACCCACAACCUCGCCUUCCCCUGCGCCUCCACCGCCUUCUUCUUCAUCCAAAACCAAAUGGGUUCUCCCUUAUCGGACCGAUAACCUCAAAGAUCAGUACUCCAUUGGCAAGAAGCUGGGGCAAGGCCAGUUCGGCACCACUUACCUCUGCACCCACACCUCAACGGGGCAUCGCUACGCCUGCAAAUCCAUCCCCAAGCGCAAGCUCUUCUGCAAGGAGGACUACGAAGACGUGUGGAGGGAAAUCCAAAUAAUGCACCAUCUCUCCGAGCAUCCCAAUGUCGUCAGGAUCAGGGGUGCCUUCGAGGAUGCUCUUGCCGUCCAUUUGGUGAUGGAGCUAUGCGAAGGUGGGGAGCUCUUUGAUCGGAUUGUCAAGAAGGGCCAUUUCAGCGAGCGGGAAGCUGCUAAGCUCAUCAAGGUCAUCGUUGGUGUUGUGGAGUCUUGCCAUUCUCUUGGGGUUAUGCACAGAGAUCUUAAGCCUGAGAACUUCUUGUUCGAUACCGAUGCUGAGGAUGCUGCUCUUAAAGCCACUGAUUUCGGUCUCUCUGUGUUUUUCAAGCCAGGUGAAACAUUGUCGGAUGUUGUUGGUAGCCCUUACUACGUUGCACCGGAGGUCUUGCGGAAAUAUUAUGGACCUGAAUCUGAUGUAUGGAGUGCAGGAAUCAUUUUAUACAUCUUGCUAAGCGGGGUGCCACCCUUCUGGGCAGAAACUGAAGUAGGAAUCUUUCGGCAGAUUCUACAAGCGAAAUUGGAUUUUGUAUCUGAACCGUGGCCUAGUAUUUCGGACAGUGCGAAGGAUUUGAUAACAAAGAUGCUUGAGCGGAACCCGAGGAAGAGGUUAUCUGCUCAUGAAGUCCUCUGUCAUCCCUGGAUUUUGGAUGACACAAUGGCCCCUGAUAAACCUCUCGAUUCUGCUGUUUUAUCACGUCUGAAGCAAUUCUCUGCGAUGAAUAAACUGAAGAAGAUGGCACUACGUGUCAUAGCAGAGAGGCUAUCAGAAGAAGAGAUUGGUGGUCUAAAGGAGUUGUUCAGAAUGAUAGACACAGACAACAGUGGAACAAUAACAUUUGAGGAACUAAAAGAUGGGUUGAAGAGAGUUGGAUCUGAACUUAUGGAGUCUGAGAUAAUGGAUUUGAUGAAUGCGGCUGAUAUUGACAACAGCGGGUCGAUUGAUUAUGGAGAAUUCCUAGCUGCUACGGUGCACUUGAAUAAACUGGAGAGAGAAGAAAACUUAGUGUCGGCGUUCUCUUUCUUUGACAAAGAUGGUAGCGGGUACAUAACCAUUGAUGAGCUUCAGCAAGCAUGCAAGGAGUUUGGGCUGAGUGAGCUCCAUCUUGAUGAAAUGAUUAAGGAGAUUGAUCAAGAUAAUGAUGGACAGAUAGACUAUGGAGAAUUUGCUGCAAUGAUGAGAAUGGGAAACGGGGGAGUUGGGAGGAGGACCAUGAGAGGAACAUUUAACUUGGGAGAUGCCCUUGGAGGACUCGCAGCACCAAAUGGAUCUUCAUCUUAA